AUUGCAAUUGCCAUUUGUCAGUGACUGCUGAGGACGUGUACUUCUUCUGGUCAACACUGUAACCUAGCAGCAUUCGCUCUUAUCGUUAUAUACGCCUUCCACGUAGCCAGGUUGUUAUUAUACACGUAGUAUUUUGUAUCAUUUACCGGUGACUAAAAGGCUGUCGAAAAUGGUGCGAACAGAAUUAGUGCGAAGAAGGCGACAGCUUGGCUCGACUGCGUGAGGCAAGGUCCUCGUGCUCAUCGCCGCCCUCCUAGCAGGGUAGUAGAUCACCCUUCGCCGACAUAGCACCCAGCUAGUAGCACCCCAAGCGCCUCCCGCCCAGCUUCCAGCUUUUCCUCCGUCAACCACCCACCCAACCAACCACACCAUGGACGCCAUCACGCGCGUGUCGUACUACUUCCCCACCCACACCCUCACCAUCUUCCAAAUCCUCAGCAACCUGGUCAUCAACGACUCCUCCUUCUGCCAGGACCAGGAACGCUCGCUGGUGAUCGCCAUGCUCGUCCUCUUCGCGCUGGCCUGCUUCUUCGCCUCCUUCACAGACACAUACACCGCCCUCAACGGCCAGAAGUUCUGGGUGCUCAUGAUGCCCUUCUACGGCCCGCUGUGCUUCUCCCUGCCCACCGGCGAAGACAAGGACCGCAUGUACGACCACUACUACCUCAAGGUCCGCGACUACGUGCACGCGCUGCUGUCAACCGCCGCAUUCGUGCUCAUCGUGCUCUUCACCAACCCCGUCUGCAUGUGCAUCUUCCCCUCCGGAGUCAAGGACGGCACCUCGCAGUUCGACGCAGCCAUCGUACGCACCGUUCCAGUGGUCGUGGCGCUGCUGAUCGGGCUGAUCACCAUGUGCCUGGGCCCGCCGCGGCAGAUGUUGGGAUUCCAGAACGUACCGGAGACCUGCCCCAUCUCCGAUCGGCCCAUGUCCACCAACCCCAUGUAUGCGGGCUCCCAGGGCGACUACCCGCCAACCAUUCCCGAGGGAGACGAGGACUACGAAAGCGCGCCGGGCGGGGAGGGAGCCGCUGGCGGAGGGGGGGCCCCGCCGUCCAUUAUGAAGAGUCCGAGUCAGGACGGACCCGUGGGUCUGCCCCCCAGCAAGAGCGUGGGACGCGGCGGGAUGGCUAUGGGGCCGCGGGAGAGCUAUCACAGUGAGUAUCGGCAGCACCCGGGGCGGCAGAGCGGGCGGAACCUGGCGCCGGCGGCCAGGAGUGCGGAUUACGGGGCGGGUGAGGGCGGGUACGGCGGUGGGUACCGGCAGGAGCCGUGAGCAGGCGGAGGAGGAGGAGGCGGAGGAAAUCAACGAAAGGUGAAGCAACGGAGGAGGAAGAGGGUGGUAAGGGCGGAAGCGGAGAAGCUGGUAACAUUCGCGCACGCGAGAGAUGAUUAUAGAUGGUGGUAUUGGGCGGGAGCAGUUGCCGAGGUCGGGUCUGCGGGGCCUUGGUUUCUUGUGAGACACCUUGUGAUGUGUUGUGUUCCUGCUACUGUAUGGCAUGCGGGUGCCGUGAGGUGCCGUGAGGUGCCGGCGGGUCAGCGGGGAACCGGGCUGUCAGCCCAGCUGGGAGCGCUUUUGCCACUGUACAUGAUAUGUGAUGGCUCCCGCUUCUCUAUAGGCCAAACAAAACACGGAUAGUAUAGCGGGGUAUGUAGCAUGGUACAGUUCUACCGUACUUGGUGUCUUUUGUUUUGACUUCGCAUGUGCGUGCGCGCUGUUGGGCACGGCCGACGUGCCCCCCUCCCUCGCACGGGAGCGAAAGGGAGGUGAUCCGUGUUCGUCCCAGGUGAUCCGGGUUUCUUGAGGAGGAAAAGUACUUGCAAGGGAGGCCAGGGCCCUCCUUGAACUGUGUGUCGCGCGCGCCCACGUGCCCGAAAAGUCUCGACCCUGCUCGUUAGUAUUCGAGUUUUUCUUCUGGUGUUGUUGUUUGCAUGGCGGUUUGAACCUACCCUAAAUACCCCCCUGGAGGAAUGUCGGUAUGGAGGUCUAGUACUGGGGUUACUUGUGCGAGAUCCGACCAGCGUGGGGUGUACCGGUACAGAUACGUUACGUUAACUCCACGAUGGUGGUGGGUAUAUUUUUGUGUUUAUAGUGCACAUUUAAAAAGACUGGCUAACUAGACGUACCUGCUGAAGGAUCGCAACUCCACAAAGGCUUGGAGACGGAAGGUCACGGGUGAUGGUGGCAAACAAAUGGCGCAAAGCUGCACACGGUUUGGCGAGCAACGAGGGUACUAUAGCGCUUAGGUUUUCUGGAUCCGUUUAAACAAACUUU